GAUAAUGGAGAGAGGAAGAACAUGACUAACAAUUCUGAGUAAGGAUAGAUCAUUCCAGAUAAUGGGGGAAGGAUGAAACUGAACCACUUUUCUGGAUAAGAGGGAGGCAGCCCAGAAAAGGAAGCAAGGUAGUAACACCUUCAGCCUCCAAGAAAGAACUAGCCAGCAGGUGGGACUGUGAGCAAUGACAACUUCCUUGUGUGGCCAUCAAGCACGAACAGAGGAAGCUGUGCCUGGGGAGGCAGGUGCUCUAGAGUUUGUUUAUUUCCAAAGCCUUCCACUGCUGCUCCAUAUGGCCUGGGGCCAGUGGACCUCCCAAAGUCUCAGCCACCAUGUUCUUAAAAUAGGGCACAUCUGUGACCCUCUCAGGCUUUCACAGUGACAGAAAUACAAAGCUAGUAUCUUCUUGGAACUGCCUGGAUGAAGGGACCUGGAAAUCAACUUGGGGAUGCUGAGAGUAGGACAAUGUAGUCAUUCCGACUUAGGAGGUGUUACAAUCAGAAGGGAAGUUAGUCACAUCCAGUUUAAAUCCUUCAUUUUACACUGAGGAAACUGAAGCCUGGAGAUGGGAAAUGACUUGUCCAGGGCCUCAUAGGCCAAUCACAGCAGAGCUGGGACUACAACCCAGAAUCCCUGACUCCUGGAAUGGUUGUUCACAAGGCCAAACUUAAAGCCAUCCUGUGGGAAUAGAGAAUGGCGUUCUAGUGGAAACUCUGGGACUGAAAUCAGAGACAGAAUGGAAAGACAAAAGGAAAUGAGUAUGUUAACAUUUCACGAAAGCCGUCUGUGAAUUAGGCACAGUGCCAGAUGUUUUUACGUACUUUUAAACCUCAUCUAAUCCUCUCAAAAAUCCCCAUGAUGGCGAUAUUAUUGCCAUUUUACAGCUGUUAAAAACUGAGGCUCAAAGACGUUAAAUAACCUGUCUCACAUAUGUGGCCAAGCCCGUAUUUGAAUCCAGGUCUGCUUGCAAACAGAGCCUGAGCUUCUUCACCCCAGCAGACUGGAAACAUCAGUUGGUUCUCAAGGUCAUCGCUGAUGUGCUAAAACCUGGGACAGAAAUUAGGCAAGACUAGCAGCCUCUGCCUUUUCCUGUGGUGAGUAGGAAAAGGAGGAGUAGACGGUUCUUUCCUCAAGUAUGAGGGCAGGGUGAUGGACAGAGUAUGGACUCUAUUCUAAGGUCAUAGUUUGUGUUAUGGAGAAAUUGCCAUCUGGAGAAAUUUGGGGUGUCUUCUCUCAUUUUAGGUAAGGUGACUCCGAUAGCUAUCUUCCUUUCGGCCUCUCUCUGCUCUUAUGAAUAAUAUUUUUAUCCCAAUCCAAUCACUUAUAUUUGGUUUUUACAUAGGUUAUUUUAAAAAGUUUUGGAUAUAAUUUGCUUCUGAAACACCCUUGGCUAAUAACCACAAAAUCCCUCUCCUUGCUGAUUUCUAUGCCAAAUUCUUUAAGAGAUUAGAUCACCUUCAGAUGAAUUGUUAAUAAAAACUAAAGCAAUAGCCAGUAGCAUGGAUAUCUUUGGGCUCUUGGCCAACAAAUAAACCAUCUGUGUGAAAGAAAACAGACUAACAAUUUUGGACUCUGGUCUCUGUGGCCACAUUGAGCGUUGACCUCACCGGUAAUUACCUAAAUUAAUUGCCUUGUGGGUUGUGUUUUCUCCUCACACGAAAACUUCUUUUCCCAAUUCAAACCAUGUGGUUAAAAUGAGAAAACAAAAGCAAAAACUACUCCCACACCCUAAAGCCCCCUCUGUCAGGCCUCCCAAGGGGACCCAGGAGAGCCGUUAGAAGGCUGAGAGGGGCCAUCAUCGCAUACCAUACAUAGGUGGAGGGCUUGUUAUUCUCCGUUCCCGCCCACGAGAGGAUACCCCUAUUGUUUCUGAAAAUGCUGACCAGGACCCACACUUCCAACAAAAAUUCCUCUACCCCUACAACCGCAGCAGCAAAAGCAGCAGCAGAAGCAACAGCAAUAGAUAAGUGUUUUGAUGAAUUGCAAGAUGGAUAGGGCUCACGGUGCCCCCAGCUCUGCUGAUACCAAAUGCCUUUAAGAUACAGCCUUUCCCAUCCUAAUCUACAAAGGAAACAGGAAAAAGGAACUUAAAACUCCCUGUGCUCAGACAGAAAUGAGACUGUUACAGCCUGCUUCUGUGCUGCUCCUUCUUGCCUCUGACUUGUAAACAAGACCUAGUAGAACACGCGAAUGGAAAGUCAGAAAGCUCUGGGUGUUUGAAAGGAUCCUUGGGACCUCAUGCACAUCUGCAGAACCUGGAUGGAGAGAUCUGGGGAAGCAUGGACUCUUUAGCUGGCUUAGUUCUCUACGGAGUCAGCUUGCUCCUUUCUGGAACAGUGGAUGGUGCCAUGGACUUGAUCUUGAUCAAUUCCCUACCUCUUGUGUCUGAUGCUGAAACAUCCCUCACCUGCAUUGCCUCUGGAUGGAGCCCCCACGAGCCCAUCACCAUAGGAAGAGACUUUGAAGCCUUAAUGAACCAGCACCAGGAUCCACUGGAAGUUACUCAAGAUGUGACCAGAGAAUGGGCUAAAAAAGUUGUUUGGAAGAGAGAAAAGGCUAGUAAAAUCAAUGGUGCUUACUUCUGUGAAGGGCGAGUUCGGGGAGAGGCAAUAAGGAUACGGACCAUGAAGAUGCGCCAACAAGCUUCCUUCCUACCAGCUACACUAACUAUGACUGUGGACAGGGGAGAUAAUGUGAACAUAUCUUUCAAAAAGGUGUUGAUUAAAGAAGAGGAUGCAGUGAUUUACAAAAAUGGUUCCUUCAUCCAUUCAGUGCCCCGGCACGAAGUACCUGAUAUUUUAGAAGUGCAUCUGCCUCAUGCCCAGCCCCAGGAUGCUGGAGUGUACUCGGCCAGGUACAUAGGAGGAAACCUCUUCACCUCGGCCUUCACCAGGCUGAUAGUCCGGAGAUGUGAAGCUCAGAAGUGGGGACCGGAAUGUAACCGUGUCUGCACCGCCUGUAUGAACAACGCUGUCUGCCAUGAAGAUACUGGAGAAUGCAUUUGCCCUCCUGGGUUUAUGGGGAGAACAUGUGAGAAGGCUUGUGGACUGCACACAUUUGGCAGAACUUGUAAAGAAAGGUGUAGUGGACCAGAGGGAUGCAAGUCCUACGUGUUCUGUCUCCCAGACCCCUACGGGUGUUCCUGUGCCACAGGCUGGAAGGGUCUGCAGUGCAAUGAAGCCUGCCAGCCUGGUUAUUAUGGGCCAGACUGUAAGCUCAGGUGCAGGUGUACCAAUGGGGAGACGUGUGAUCGGUUCCAAGGAUGCCUCUGCGCUCCAGGACGCCAAGGGCUCCAGUGUGAGAGAGAAGGCAUGCCAAGGAUGACCCCAAAGAUAGAGAAUUUGCCAGAUCACAUAGAAGUAAACAGUGGGAAAUUCAACCCCAUCUGCAAAGCCUCUGGCUGGCCACUACCUGCUAAUGAAGAAAUGACCCUCGUGAAGCCGGAUGGGACAGUGCUCCAUCCAAAAGACUUUAACCACACGGGUCAUCUCUCAGUGGCCACGUUCACCAUUGACCGGAUCCUCCCCCCUGACUCCGGAGUCUGGGUCUGCAGUGUAAACACAGUGGCUGGGAUGGUGGAAGAGCCUUUCAACAUUUCUGUUAAAGUUCUUCCAAAGCCCCUGAACGCCCCAAAUGUGAUCGACACUGGACAUAACUUUGCUGUCAUCAACAUCAGCUCUGAGCCUUACUUCGGGGAUGGACCAAUCAAAUCCAAGAAGCUUCUAUACAAGCCUGUUAAUCAUUAUGAGGCCUGGCGGGACAUUCAAGUGACAAAUGAGAUCGUUACCCUUAACCAUUUGGAACCUCGAACCGAAUAUGAGCUCUGCGUGCAGCUGGUCCGGCGGGGAGAGGGCGGCGAAGGGCAUCCUGGCCCCGUGAGACGCUUCACAACAGCUUCCAUCGGUCUUCCUCCUCCAAGGGGUCUCAGUCUCCUACCGAAAAGUCAGACCACUCUAAAUUUGACCUGGCAACCAAUAUUUCCAAACUCAGAAGAUGACUUUUAUGUGGAAGUGGAGAGGAGGUCUGUGCAAGUGAAUAGUGAUCAGCAGAAUAUUAAAGUGCCAGGCAACUUGACCUCGGUGCUGCUUAACAAUUUACACCCCAGGGAGCAGUACGUAGUCCGAGCCAGAGUCAACACCAAGGCCCAGGGGGAAUGGAGUGAAGAUCUCACCGCUUGGACCCUCAGCGACGUUCUCCCUCCUCAACCAGGAAACAUCAAGAUUUCCAACAUCACAGACUCCUCUGCCGUGGUCUCUUGGACCAUCUUGGAUGGCUAUUCUAUUUCUUCUGUUAUCAUCCGUUACAAAGUUCAGGGCAAGAAUGAAGACCAGCACAUUGAUGUGAAAAUCAAGAAUGCCACCAUCACCCAGUAUCAGCUCAAGGGCCUAGAGCCCGAAACAGCUUACCAGGUGGACAUUUUUGCAGAGAACAACAUAGGGUCAAGCCACCCAGAGCUUUCUCAUGAACUGACGACACUCUCCAAAUCUCAAGCACCCGCAGACCUCGGAGGCGGGAAGAUGCUGCUUAUAGCCAUCCUUGGCUCGGCGGGAAUGACUUGCCUGACGGUGCUGUUGGCCUUUCUGAUCAUGUUGCAACUGAAGAGGGCAAAUGUCCAAAGGAGAAUGGCCCAAGCCUUCCAAAACGGGAGGGAAGAACCAGCUGUGCAGUUCAACUCAGGAACUCUGGCCCUGAACAGGAAGGCCAAAAACAACCCAGAUCCUACAAUUUAUCCAGUGCUUGACUGGAAUGACAUCAAAUUUCAAGACGUGAUUGGGGAGGGCAAUUUUGGCCAGGUUCUGAAAGCGCGCAUUAAGAAGGACGGGUUGCGGAUGGACGCUGCCAUCAAGAGGAUGAAAGAAUACGCCUCCAAAGACGACCACAGGGACUUCGCGGGGGAACUGGAGGUUCUUUGUAAACUUGGACACCACCCCAACAUCAUCAAUCUCUUAGGAGCGUGUGAACAUCGUGGCUACCUGUACCUGGCCAUCGAGUACGCGCCCCACGGAAACCUUCUGGACUUCCUGCGCAAGAGCCGAGUGCUGGAGACCGACCCGGCGUUCGCCAUUGCCAACAGCACCGCCUCCACGCUGUCCUCCCAGCAGCUCCUGCAUUUCGCCGCAGACGUGGCCCGCGGUAUGGACUACUUGAGCCAAAAACAGUUUAUCCACAGAGAUCUGGCUGCCAGGAACAUUUUAGUUGGUGAAAACUACGUAGCUAAAAUAGCAGAUUUCGGAUUGUCCCGAGGUCAAGAAGUGUACGUGAAGAAGACGAUGGGAAGGCUGCCAGUGCGCUGGAUGGCGAUCGAGUCGCUAAAUUACAGCGUCUACACAACCAACAGUGACGUAUGGUCCUACGGAGUGUUACUGUGGGAGAUCGUCAGCUUAGGGGGCACCCCCUACUGCGGAAUGACGUGUGCAGAACUCUACGAGAAGCUGCCCCAGGGCUACAGACUGGAGAAGCCCCUCAACUGUGAUGACGAGGUGUAUGAUCUGAUGAGGCAGUGCUGGCGGGAGAAGCCUUACGAGAGGCCUUCAUUUGCCCAGAUAUUGGUGUCCUUAAAUAGGAUGUUAGAAGAGCGAAAGACCUACGUGAACACCACGCUGUAUGAGAAGUUCACCUACGCAGGAAUCGACUGCUCUGCUGAGGAAGCAGCCUAGACAGACCAUCUUCAUCGCGAUAUUCUGUUCCCCUUCACUGGCAUGACAGACCCUGGAUACCUUGAUGCCAAGAAAGCAAGCAAGCAAGCCCUUGCCAAGAGAGGUGACAUAGUAUAUAGAAGUGUAUAUAUAUUGCUGUGUGUCUGGACUUCCACCACAAAAACCCCCGUGCGUGAACCUAUAGUACACUCUAACUCCAAUAGGACUGUAUAUACUGUUUUGAGUAAGAAUGUGCUGAAAUCAGAAUGCCUGUUUGUGGUUUCAUAUGCAAUAAUAUAUUUUUCUAAAAGUGUGGACUUUACAGGAAGGUGUGAGAGUACAAUUACUGUAAUGCAUGACUCAUUAUUGUCCUAGAUAUUUUUGAUAUUUACCUUUAUAUUGAGUGCUAUAAAAUGGGUUGCUGUGUAGCACUAAAAUAUUGUGAAUAAACCUAACACUGACCCUGAUAGGACAGAUGAGAAAGGUGGGGGAAAUGUAUGCGUUCUAACAGGACACAGGUUAACGCUGAAGAAACUGAAAAACCCGAGCGAGGUAAAAGAGAUUCUUCUAUCUAUAAACGUUCUCCCUCACCUGCUGAAGCCAUCCCACUUGCAUUUGGUUCUUUGACAACUUUGUCAUGUGGUUCCAGAGCCCACAAGUCAACGCAGAAUGACUAACAUUUAAAAAUAGACUGACAUCUCAGUCCUUAGAAGCCCAAGAGCCUUUGGAGAAGUAUAAAUAAGUUUAAUAGAUAAAUUAAUGGGAAUUAGUUUUAAUUUCUCUGGUAACAAUGAUUUGUGUAUUUUAAGAAAUUAGUAAGCCUGGAAUUACAUUUGGGAGACAUGUGACAUUUAUCAAAUUAACAUUCUUACAUGUAUUGCACAUUGUAAAAAGUUUUAGUUUUGAUCGAGUGUGAGCUUCCCAUUUAUACUGUAGGCACAUGUUGCACUGAAAUCAUAUAGUGAGUGAAUAAAUGUCUUGCCUACCCACUUUCCGUCCAGGAAUCUCACAGGUAUUGCCAAAUGUCUUUAAUACACUCUAUGGAAAAACACCUUAAAUUAUCAUCCUCUAACUUGUCAGUAAUACGCAGGUAGAGCAGCUGGUGGGUAUACGCCACCAGACAUGGUAAUCAAGCUCACAAGGCUGGAAACAUCUUCCAGAAGUGUUCUCCUGUCUAGUCCAUUUUCUUGCACCAGGGCGGCACAGCUCGGUGGUGUGCCAAUGUGAACUGAGGGCUUAGAAUUGGGAUCCCUUUUAACUGUGUUACAAUGUUAAAUAGUUCAACAUACCGCAUAAAGUUUCAUAUUCCUGCCAUAUAACUAAACUGAUGUGCUCAGAAACAAUGACCAUGAAACUGAAUUUAUCCCGUGCGUUCUUUAUUCACAACCGCGUAUUCAAGCAGAGACAGAGCGGAAGCAGGGCUGCUGGCGGACCAUUUAUGUAACCGACUAAGUGGAAACUCAAUGAAGAGCCAUUGAAAAUAGGUCCAAAUAUAUAUAUGAGUUACUUUUGCUUGUUACUCAAAUGUUGUGACGAUACUCCUGACAACUCCUAUUUGCACAUAGAUGGAACUGAACGAGAGCAAGGAUGAUCUAAAGAUGUAGAUAAUGUUUCCAAAUUUUGGCUAUGGCUUUGGAAUGCGUGGUAAGUUUUUUCUAUAAUAGUUUGGCCUUCUUGAGUAUACCUUAUUUAAAAUCACAUCAUUAUGAAUUGUUCUCACAUCAAAUACGUAACAAGAGAGAUGGCUAAGAAGUACUUGGGGUAGGAAGAAAAAGGUAUUCAGUGAUCAUUAAGAUUUAUUUGUAAAUUCACAAUUCAAGGCAGCCAACGUGCGGUAUGUUUAUUGAGAGCAUACUGUCACAA